AUGCACACCCCAACAACUUCAUUUUUGCGAACAACUUCAUCUUUGCGCUGCACCGUAUUCUUCGCCCCUCACUCCUCACCUUCUUCCAACAACGCCUCUCACUUUCUUCCAACGCCUCUCACCUUCUUCCAACGCCUCUCACCUUCUUCCAACAAAGCCUCUCACCUUCUUUCGGCAAAGUCGAAGAUCACGUCUCGAUCAACAGUCCUCCUAAGAUCGCGGCAGAAAGCCCCCGCUCUCGUCCACAAGUGGAUACCGCACUAA